AUGGCCGUCCCUCAGUCCACAUACUACGACCGUAAAUUCCGCCAAGGAGCCGCGCUCCAGCGCGCAAGAAGGCCAUACAUCGUCAAGAAUGCCGUCGUUGGUCUGGGCUUGCUGACUGUUGUUGGGGUAAUUUACGGAUAUACACUGAAGCAAGUCGGUCAAGACGACUUCGAGGACGUCAAGGUUCCCGAUACACCCCGCGCACCUGCUGCUCCCAAAUGA